AUGGCUGCCGUCAACAUGGAACUCACGCAAACGUCAAGAAAAAAAAGGCAAGACUCAUGUGACACGACCCUGCAGACCCAAGAGCUUAUAUGCAUUGAAGUGGAACAGCGCCCGUGGCUCUACGAUAACUCGCGCGGGGAUUAUAAGGACACCAUUAAGCGCGAUAACGCUUGGGAGGCUAUUGGCCGCAUGGUUUCAAUGUCAGCGACCGACUGCCAGAAGGCCUGGAGGGGAAUCCGGAACCGAUAUGCACGUGAAUUGAGGUCCACAGAGAGUAAACGCAGUGGCAUGGGCGCUGGAGAAGUGUACCAAUCCAGUUGGCCACUUUUCAAAACCUUGGAAUUUUUAAAGGAAUUUAUCAAGCAGCGCAGGACUAAGAAGCUUCCAGCACCUGCACCAAUGCAACCAGUGCAUGGCAGUAUGCUUGCUGCCAUUCCUGCAGAUGGGCAGGAUAGAACUCCUCCACUCUAUCAAACAGGGACGACAGCCUUGGGGGUGUCAAACAACGAGGCAGGAUUGUUGCUGUCCUGUAUUGAAACUGAUAUACAGGAUGGGUCACCAUGCCCAGAAGAAAGCAGAAGCGCUGCUGAGGCUUGUUCCAGUCAGAGUGGCAGCCGAUGUCCCAGGCCCCACCUCGAUGUGGAUGAUGAAGAGACAAUGUUUCUCUUGAGCCUAAGGAAGACGUUGAAGUCCUUUGACGCAAAAAAGAGGCGACUCGCACAGAUGCGUAUACAGCAGCUAAUGUUUGAGCUGGAAUUUGGCGAAUAA